AUGGGUUCACUUAGAAUCAGUGCUCUGUACCAGGGAACGCACCCAAACUUUAUAGAGUAUAUCUACCUGGCUGCCCCUAUUUCCCUGGUCAUACUGAAUCCUAUAGGCUUUACCAUGAUGGAACUGGAGAAGAGAAAAGAAUCUGGAGAACAUGAAAAAUCCAGCAAUUUAAAGCUGGCGCUUCAUGUGUGCAAGGGAGUUUUGCUCAAUCCUCUGGUAUUCAUGACUAUUAUUGGCAUCAUUGGGAACUUUGUGUUCAACCACAAGUUGCCUGCUGUGAUUGAUGACAUUCUGACUGUGUUAGGUCAGUCCUUCAGUGCAGUGGCGCUGUUCUACCUGGGACUGAGUAUGGUGGGAAAGAUACAGCACAUUGGAGGGAAAGCACUUAUUACCCCUAUACUCCUGAUUGUGGCCAAACUGCUCAUUCUUCCCCUUGUCACCAGAGAGAUUGUCAUAGGUCUACAGCCCAGUGUAAAUAGAAAUGACACCCUUGCCUACAGUUCAUAUGGCUUUCUAUAUGGUACCAUACCCACUGCUCCCAGUGUAUUUUUAUAUGCCAGCACAUAUAACUUGGCACCAGAAACUAUUGCUGCAGGAACCGUCAUAGGGACCUUUCUGUCUGCACCUCUGAUGUUCGUGUCAGCACGCGUGAUCACGCUGCCCGUGCUAGAUCCAGAUAUGUAUAAAGACAUUUUGACAAUCACUUCAUUUGAUGUCAGUAUACUGGGUAUUGUAUGUAGUGUCUGGACAAUGACUGUGAUGAUUCUGGGUAGAAAAUGGAGAAAAGUGCCUCACCAGUUUGUAAUGAUGCUAGUGAUAGCACAGUCCCUGGGCUGUUUAGGCAUGAUAAUAUGGCACCUCAUUCCUUCCAACCUCGGCUGGGCUCACUACAUCCAGUUUGUCAUCCUCCUGGUUGGAGUGUUCAGUUCACGCUGCAUGACCGCCAUGGUGGCGCUAGCGCUCUGCUUCCUCAAAGUGCGCAGCAUCUGCUUUGUGCUACGGAAUCGGAUCUGUUUGUUGUUUGGUGGAUUUGGGGUCCCUAUCCUCUCCACUGGCCUCUUAUUGAUAUUUACUGCAGGGCAACGCACCGUGGAUAAUGAUCCUUCUUUCCAAUAUGGCAACCCUCAGGUUGAAGAGGCCCUGUCGGAGCUUUUUAACAAACAGUUCAUAUUAUCGGCUGUUAUCCUCUUCAUUUCCACCAUCUUGACCAUCGUCUGCCUCGUCCUCCAACAUCGCUGGGACCGCCACCACCACAACUACCAUUUGUUGCCACAAAAUGGUAAUACCACCACCAAGUAUAAAUCUAUUAACCAGGAAGGCUUUGAUAUUCCUAGCGAGCAGGAAACAGAUAAUGAAAUGCCUCAAGAUAUACUCGGAAUGCGCCAACAAAGGCAGAAGAAAAGUCAGCUUGAAGGUGUUUGCAUGUCUUUAAUGGAGGGUGGUAGUAGUAACAAGGUGGCAUGCGGUUCUUGCGAACAAUGCAUGAAGAUGACCACUGUGGAUGUAGAGGACAUAGUCCCAGAUGCACCAAAAUCCAAAUCAUCAAAGGCAGGAGGCUCACAAUCUUCCCGGGAUUCUAUGAAUUCUGCCCCAGAGCGCGACUUCAGGGAAGACACCUGUCUUCUCUCGGCCUCGUGUUCUCAGGCGCAACGACGGGAAUGUCUGGAGAGAGUACGCCAAUACCACAAAGAUAAUACUGCCAUAGAAGAAGUCACUUUGCAUUCUGACCCCGAGGCAGACGACGAAUAUCAGAUUACUCGCCAUGUUGUGAUGUUACUGGUGCUGUUGUUGUCAAUGCUCAUUGGUAUCUUCUUAUGUCUGUGGCGGCUUUUUGGAGAGUAUAGGGAGAAUAUAUCUUCUGGCGUGUACAUAGAGAUAGAGUUUCUGGAUAGUGUAUUUAAUUUUGGACAGCCGUUUAUUGUUUUUGCCAUAUUUGGACUAGAUACUCAACUCAUAAUUAUUCCAUUUGUCAAAAAACUAAAAUACAAACAAAGAUCUUAUAGAUGGCGCAAGCUGAUAUAUGGUGUAGAGACAAUCCACAUGCCAAACUGGGAUGAGCUGGACCCUGAGGUGAAACACACCUGUGAACAGUUCAAUCACUAUCACAAAGAAAGAUGUAAGAAGGAGCUGGUCAAAGAUAGAAGGUUCCGAAUGCGAGUCUAUCGAAGCGUUUUCACUGGCGAAGAUCUCGUGAAAUGGCUCCUGGAGGUCGGUCUUGCUGUUGAUACCUUAGACGCGGUUGCCUACGGUCAGAAACUGGUGUUAGGGCGAGUUAUAGUCCAUGUCAAGGCAGAGCACAACUUUUACAACCUGCCGUAUUUCUACAAGUUCACUGAUCAGGUAGAGGAAGAAUGUGAAAAUGAGGAUGAUAAGUCGAGGUGAAAAGAGGGAUAGUGGUCCUGAGGGAGAUUUUUUCUCCCUCUCUCUCUCUCUCUCUCCAUCUCUUUCUCUUACACUUUUUCUCUCUAAAAAGCAAUGAACACUGUAGUGUGUAAGCUGCCUUGUAGGAUCCUAAACUAAGGAAAUCCAUACUUGUUUACAGUUCAUACUAAUGGAUGAUAAGAUAGUGUAUGCUAUAGGGUGAGACGUGCAGUGUUUAGUGGGAAAAAAAGAGUCAGUUUCUCUCCUUUAGGGUCAGCGAUAUGCAAUACAGUACUUACGUUUAAGAUCUUACAUGUGUGUUUUAAUUAGUUAGAUCCAUAACAUGCAUGUAUAGAAGAAAAGUCAGAUGGUGACAUGAUCUCAUCCUCAGAACAGUGACUUUUUAAAGCUCAUCUUGUAGGAUGUGCCACCUAUGGGAAAGUCUUGGUGGGUAGUAUGAGGCCUUGGGCUAUAUAAGAUGUAAGUUGUUUUUUCAUAAAUAUUGUUGUUAGUCAUGUGUCUCUAUAUCAAAUGGAAUGUGCAAUGUUGUAUAAUUAGAAGCCAUGUUAAACUGAUAUAAUAUUCCAAAGUGCACAUACGGGCCAAAAAGCAUAUUGUUCUUUUUGUCAUUAAUUUAACUGUUGUAUUUAUUAAAUAAAAGGGGACAGUUUUGUAGAUAAUAUGAUGUACUUAAUCAAGAUAAUGCUUUUAAAUUACAUAUUUGUUUUAUAUAUUCUGGUAGAAAAUAUGUAAAACUAGACAGUAAUUACUCUCAGCUUUAUAAAUGAUUAUUUUUUUUAAUUUAUUUUGUCAUGCUGUUAGUGGGCAUAUGGCCAAAUGACAUAUUGAUGUUUUUUUUUUUUUUUUUAAGAAAGAAACAAAAAACCCAUAUUAUUCAUUUCCCACCAACUAUAUUAAUGUCUUGUUUCUUGUUGAGUUGUAGAGGUAUAGGUAUGGACAUUAAAUCAUGAAAUGUAUGUACAUGCAUGGAAAUCCACAUUGUCAUUCUGGAGUAUCACAGAAGAGUAUACACCCGUAGUAGAUUGGAAACCAAUUCAUACUGUAGAAUUAUUUAAGGAUUCACCAGUACAUUGGUUGCUCAUCAUGUGUAUUCAGUUGCAGGUGAUUGAUGUAUUUGUUUUAAAUUUGUUGUGUGGAAACAUUUUUCUUUAUGUUGAAUACUUACAUUUAAUCAGAUUCAAUUUUUUGUACAAAAAUAGACAGUGCAUCUCUUUGAUAUAUUACGAAUAUUUUAUAAUCAUAUUAAAAAAGAUAUAGGAAAAGGAACAGAGACAGUUCUCAUUUAAUAUAUAAGAUCUUAACAUUUAUCUAUCAAGACUACAAUUUUUUAUUAAUUUUUGAACAUUUUAUUUACUAUCAUGAUAUCAAUUUGUUGGAAAUUGUUGCAAAAUCUUGAUACAAAAUACUCCAUGAAAAUUAAUUUCAGGUAGUUUUUGUAAUAAUUAAUCUUUACCUUCUUUAUUUCUCAAAAUGACCUGUAGUUUGGCAGAUCUGAUUUUCAGUGAGGACUAUGUGGUUAAGUCCAACUGCAAUUCAUUAAAAACACGAUCUCAGUUGAUAUUACUAUAGUUACAUUCUUUUAUAGCUAAUUUUAGUCGCAAUGUGUAUGCAUGCUAUAUUGCUAAGACGCCCGUCUGUAGGCAAUUUGGGGGGGAGGGAGGCUGGGAGGAGAACAGCUCUUUCAGCAGAAAAAAAAUGCUUUGUGUCAAAAUUUGUUCUAGGGUCUACCAGGGGUGGAUCCAUGGAUUUUCUAACAGUCUUCCAAAUUAUUUUUGUUGACCCAUCCAUUUUUGACAGUCUUCUGGCAGAUAAAAAAUUAGGUGCCUGUCAGUGUAAACUUGCCAAAUUCUGGUCGUCUUCCUGAAGACCCAGAUAAUGGCAUCCUUCUACCCCUGUCAACAGCAUUUGGGUUAUCUAGGUGAAAUGAGGUCCAAUGUUAAAAAAUACUACCCCCCCCCCUUCCAAUUUGAAUUUACUUCCCAUAGGUCUGGUCAUUUAGUGAACACCGGUGGUAAUAUAGGUCCUUUCAGAACAGAUGAUCCACGGACUAACUAAUCGGCAGACUAAAUGUGGGCAAUGCCCCACUUAAAAGCUAGCAGCCUAGUCCCCUGAGGGUCUCCCACAUGUGCCAUUUAAAGGAUUACAUCUGGAACCAGAGGUUAAAUACCUAGGCCUCUGCAUGGAACAGUGCGUGUGGAGGGGGGGGCAUCACGGGAUUAGUCGGCAUUGCUUUUAAGUGUCUUUGGCCAUAUUUCAUCCACGGAUCUGUUUGUCUGCAGAUCAACUUGAAUGCACUCUUUGAUACUUGUAACAUUUUUAUACAAAUUGUAUUACAUCUUCAGUUUAAAUUAAGAUGGCCUAAAUGCCCUUCUUGCCCUUUUUUUCACAAUAAUCAUUAUCAUAUGGUACUAGUGAUGGUAAUCCUCAUA